UGUUUUCAACGAUUUUAGCCAACAAAAAAAGCCAAAAAUGAACACGAAUUCCCGGGGAGAAGUUAAUGCUAAUGCCAACGAGGACUCCCAAGUCUCAAUCAGUAGUAGUAAAUCAAAAAGUUGUAAAGCCAUUCCGGAACUAUUACCGAAAUGUGAUGCCAAAUGCUUAGUGCCGCUGUGCGAAUUCGACUAUGAUUUACUAGUUAUUGGAGCAGGCGUUGCAGGUCUAGCUGCAGCAAUCGAAGCUAACGAACAUGGCGCGAGAGUAGCGAUUGUAAACUGUGUGGAAGCGACGCCCUUAGGUACAAGAUGGAGCAUCGGAGGAACCUGUAUAAACGUCGGAUCCAUUCCCAAGAAGCUUUUUCAUGUUGCCGCCUUGUUGGGAGAACAUCUUACAGAGUCCGAAUUUUACGGUUGGAAUGUUCCUCAGAAAAAGGUUAAUUGGACAAAAUUGAAAAAUGGAGUGCAAAAACAUAUAAAAGAUACAAACUUAGCGAUAAAACUUGAACUUUUUGAGCGUAAAAUCGAUUAUUAUUACGCAAAAGCAUCCUUUAAAGAUCCACACACCGUCGAGACAAUAAGAAAAGGAAGAACCAAGUUAUUGAAAGGAAAAAUAAUUUUGAUUGCGGUGGGAAGCCGAUCCGAAUACCCACAUAUUCCCGGAGUAUAUCUUGGAAUAUCGAUAGAUGACUUAUUCAGUUUGGACAAAGCACCAGGAAAAACUUUGAUUAUCGGGGAUGGAUACAUAUCCGCGGAAAUAGCAGGAAUUCUGAAUGGAUUGGGUUAUGAAACCUGUAUCUUAUGUAUGAAACCAGAACCAUUUACGGAGUUGGAUAGCAACAUGGCUUUCAAAAUAAUGAACGAGCUACGAAGUAGAGGAGUAAAGUUCUACAUCGGCUCUAACGUGGAUCAGAUUGAACAAUCAACCAAUGACAACACAUUAACAGUCGUAUGGUACAAACAUACAGAAAGAUAUGAGGAUGAGUUUGAUACCGUACUUUUUUCUAUGGGCAGAACACCUUAUACUGCUGAUCUUGGCUUACAGAAGGCUGGGGUCGAGCUUGCAGCUGACGGAAAAAAAAUAUUUGCUGUGAACGAACAAACGAAUGUGCCACAUAUUUAUGCUAUUGGAGAUGUUUUAUAUGGCAAGCCGGAAUUGAGUUCAGUCGCAAACAAAGCAGGCCAACUGUUGGCGAGAAAAUUAUUUGCAGGAAUCACCAUCACCGACCAAAUAAAUUAUGAUCUCAUCCCUGUCACCGUCCUUACUCCUGUGGAAUAUUCAUAUGUUGGAAAGUGUUUUGGAAUUUGUAGACCGAUUGUCUGAGGAUUUGGCGCUUGAAAGGUACGGAGCAGACGAAAUAGAAGUUUACCAUUCGUUUUACUAUCCACAUGUUAACAAGGUUGCCCAGAAAGAUUCCAUGAAUUGCUACAUCAAAGUUGUAGUUAUGAGAGAGGGAGAUCAAAAAGUUGUGGGCAUGCAUUAUAUGGGUGCUAAUGCCGGCGAGAUUAUGCAGGGAUUCGUUAGUGCUAUGAUGUGUGGGUUGACAUGGAAAACCCUAAAGAAAACAAUUCACGUACAUCCUACUGAUGCAGCAGAGUUCAUCAAAAUGAGCGUAACCAAGAGAUCUAUGCAAGACCCAAAUCCAGGAGCAUGUUGUAGUUGAUUUUGUAUUUAUGUUUUUUCUAACAUAACCGUUUUCAAUUUUAC